UAUGGCCUGGUCUUUUAUAUCACUUCCGGGUAGAAUGACUCUCAUAACAUCAGCUUUAUGGUCGGCGAAGCAGCGAAUGAUUGCUAACGCUAAUUCUUUUGUUCGUUUGUGUCUUCGCCCACAGUGGAAAACAUGUCAGAUACGGAAACAAAACCAUCGAGCCAAGACGGUGGAGACAAGAAAGAUGGAGAAUACAUCAAAUUGAAAGUGAUCGGUCAGGACAGCAGUGAAAUCCACUUCAAAGUAAAGAUGACAACACAUCUGAAAAAGCUGAAAGAGUCUUACAGCCAGAGACAGGGCGUCCCAGCAAGUACACUCAGGUUUUUGUUUGAAGGACAGAGAAUAGAAGAUAGCCAAACUCCUAAAGAGCUGGGGAUGGAGGACGAGGAUGUCAUUGAGGUGUAUCAAGAACAGACGGGUGGACUUUGGAAUGAUUAAAUCUCCUGUCUUCUUAACCUUCUUUUUUCGUUUGUAUUUCACUUUUUUUUGGUUGCAUUCUGUCCACUUUCAAACCAUCUGGAUCAAAACUAUUAGGGCUUCCAUGCAUUGGGAUGGUGAGGUUGAGGACCAGGCAGAUGCCAUAUUUGUUGUAUAAAGUAGUGACAUUCGCAGGAAACUAAAAGAGAUUGUUUUGUUCAAGGAAGCCAAAUCCUGUAAUGUUUAAGUGACAGGAAGCAUUGCGACAAUUUUUGAUGUACUAUUUUUUUGGCAUCACACUUCCCUUGUACAUAAUUUGAAAACCAGCCCCAGUGUUUGCUUUAAAGGUGACAUUAAUGCAAUACACUACACAUUUACCGGUCUAAAAUAACCAUUACUCAUAAUUGGUACAGUAUUUUAAAUAGUUCAUAAUAAUAACUGCUUGUACAUGUUGGUGAUGGGUUUUAGAGCAUUGUAAGUAUUGCAACCAUUUUUUUAUCUCCUGUGUGGUAUCAUACUGAAAGUUUUCACCCUGUAAAUAGCACUCCACUGCACCCGUUUGGACACAUUUGGUUGGCAUCUGCAGUUGUGGCAGCUCCUCUUGCGUUGUUGUUGGAAUCUGACGGUCCGUAGCCUCUAGUAUAACAAAGUUCCUCGAGAAGAUCAUUAUUACUUUGAAUUUGCCUACUUUGUGCAUAUCAAAUCAAGUUAUUGGCUGCUGUCUUGAGGCGAUGAAAGUAAAUAUGAAAAGUCUGGGUCCCAAAGCAAUGAUUCUAGUCCCAACAUCUAAUUCUUCUGAGGAACAUUGAUACAGAUGGUCUGAGAUUCUGCUGAUUUUGCUUUUUUAUUUUGCAAAUAAAAUAUUUAUAAAUGAAACAA